CUUCACGCCCCAUCCUUCAAUCACCGGCAAAGUUGCGUUCCACCCACUCUUUUUCACCUUUAGCCUUUAUUCUUCUUCUCCUGUCCCCCCUACCCUCCCGCAUAGGCAUCAAUCUCUCCUUUUUCCUUUCUUUUUCCCUCUCUUCACGCUGUCUUCAUCAUUCUCGUCUUUCCUUCGACCUGCCCAUGAUCCUUUCUUCCUCAUCCUUCAUGGCCUACUAAGCGAGUUCGCCGGUCAAGGUUCUUGUUGCGUAACUUAUGGCAAACUUUGUUGGUUUCUUGGGCAGGUUCGUCUCUCUUUUCAUCGUCUUUGUCCACCUCGGCUGCUUCAUCUUCUCCACCGCGGCCGGCAGUGGCGGUGAAGGGGGAGGACAAGGUGCCCGAAAGUCUUCGUCAAAGAAACGCAAGGUAUCCCCUGUUUCGCACUCGCGGCAACCUUCGCCUUCCCAUCCCAAUUUCAAAACCCGUAAGGCCCUUUCUUCUUCUUGGGCUUUCGUCAAGCACCUUUUCUCCCACAAACCCUGCAAAACCAGUGACGUUGCUCAGGGAUCGCCGCAAUCCUCCGCCUCCACCGCUAUUUCCGCUGCUUCCGCCGUCUCCGCCGCACUGCCUUCUUUAACAUCGACCAGAUCCUCCCAGCAGUCGUUGGUCUCUCUGGCUCAAGCCGAGUCGCAUCCGCUGGAUCCUCCCGGGAAAAAACCAUGUGCGUCGUGCCCAGAAUCCGAUAUCGCCGCCGACAACAAUCACUUCUUCCCCCUCCGCAAUGACAUUUUCCCCUGCACCGCCUGCGGCGAGGUUUUCCAGAAAGCACAAGUUCUCGAACAGCAUCAAUCGCUCAACCACGCCGUAGCGGAGCUGGUGGAGACCGACGCUGGUCACAACAUAGUACAAAUAAUAUUCAAGUCGGGUUGGACCAACCCACAGAAAUGUCCCAGAAUCAAUCGGAUCCUAAAGAUCCAUAACAGCCAGAAGAUACUAUCCAAGUUCGAAGAAUACAGAGAGACGGUGAAGGCCAAGGCCGCCCGAAACGGGGCCGUAAAGAAGCGCGACGAGAGAUGCAUAGCCGACGGCAACGAGCUCAUGAGAUUCCAUUGUUCCACAUUCCUUUGCGACUUGGGACUCAACGGGAAUUCCGGCAUUUGUGGCCAGCAAUACUGUAGUAUCUGCGGGAUCAUCAAAUCGGGGUUCUCCCCCAAGUUGGACGGAAUCUCCACGCUGUCGACGAGCUGGAGGGCGCACGUGGCCAUCCCGGAGGAGGUGGAGGAAGAGUUCAAGUUCAUGAACAUAAAGCGGGCCAUGCUGGUAUGCCGAGUCAUAGCGGGCCGAAUCGGCACUGACUCGGACGAGGCCGACAAGGAGGACGGGGGUUUUGAUUCGGUGAUGGCGCGAGGAGGAACCGGAGUUUACACCCGGCUGGACGAAGAGGAGCUUUUGGUGUUCAAUCCCAGAGCCGUGCUUCCAUGCUUUGUGAUUGUGUACAGCGUGUGAUCGACGGUGGCAGUGGCUUGUGAUUUUGAUCGUGUGGUGUUGGUGAUCACGAGGGCCAAAGGCGAGGGCUGCUUCUUGUGUAGUUGAUUGGUAUUGUUAGGGUUAAAAUGUUGUAAUGUAAGAAGGCAGAGAGCUUUGUGAAAAAAUUUCAGGCUUCAUCUUCAACUUCAACAGUUCUGGUGCAAGAAUCCAAUGUCAUGUGAUGAUAAUUAAUCAUAUUGGACAUUUUAGAAAUUAUGUGAUAUAUAUAUAUAUAUUCAGUUCUGAAUU